GGCUGGGUGUGUGAGUGCGGGAGCGAGUGCGCAUGCGCUCGAGUCACGGAGUGUGAUGGCGGAGAGACCGGAGAAGGAGGCUCCAGGAGCCCGGCGGCCUUCAUCAAGGACCCCGCCGCUGCCGUGCUGCCGAAAAACCCUGAUAAACUGGAGCGAUCCCGUGCAGACCUGCGCCACCUUUGCGGCAACGAACGUGGUGUUUUGGUUUGUGUCCUUUAGUCCAUUCCGAGUGGUUUGUCUUCUCUGCUUGUGUCUGCUUCUAUUGCUCCUGGUACAGUUGAUGACGGACAUGGCACUUUCGAAGUCAAGAGGAUCCAGUAUAUGGCGAAGUAUGACAGGCAGCUGGGAGCUGGUGGACUCGGGUCAGGAGAGCAGGUCUGGUGCAGAAGCUCAGCUUACGGACUGCUGGAUGAGCAUCAAGCUGUUCCUUGAGGAGACGUCUUCUUUCAAACAGCAGAAUCCUGGCAAGUUUUGUCUUCUGGUAUGCAGCUUGUGUUUUUUCCUGGCCAUACUGGGCAAUUACGUUCCAGGUGUUGUUAUUUCGUAUAUUAUAGUGCUAGCCAUUUUCCUGUGGCCUCUAGUGUCAUCACAUGAGUUUGGGAUGUGGCUGGAGCCAGUUCUGCAGAAACUAAACUUUGGAGUGGGGCACUUUGUGCAAAAAAUGAAAGAGAAUCAUGAAAAGAGGUUGCUCCAAGCAGAGGCUGAGAAAGAAAACAUUGAAGCUGAUCUGUCCUCAAUGUUCCCUAAGCUGGACUCCACAGUGUGCAGGGAGCUGUCUGUAUCAGACACCGAGGUCUCGGAAGUAACAUGGACCGAUAACGGCACCUUUAACUUAUCAGAGGGACACACACCUCAGACAGAGAACUCCGAGGAUUUAGAUCGUCGCAGUGAGGAGGAGGUGUUCUCUGGUGGCCUCACUGACUUUCCGUCCCUGGAUAAUGGUGCAGGGACAAACGGGGAUGAUGAGGACCUAAGUAUUGGUCUGCCCAACACGUCCUUCCCCCAGCACAGAGAAAAUCGAGGGACAGGUCUGGGGGACGAGGCUGCAGCGACUCAAGCUUUGGGAGUUCUCCAGAGAACAGCCGAAAACGCCAUCACAGCCGCAGUCACUGCUGCCAUACAAGAGCGGCUAGAAUCGGCAAUUGCUGACAACACAGACAGUGAGGCUGAGGACUUUGAGCUGCUGGACCAGUCUGAGCUUGAACAUCUGGAGGGUGAGCUAGGCCUGGAAAGAGCGAGUGGUGAGGCUCAGUCCAAAGACGCCAAAAAUGCUGGUUUUUUCUCCAAACUGCUUGGGCAUCAGUAAUGACAUCAUCUUUGCAACGGGGCAAAAGUGGGUAGAAAACGGUCCUAGAGGCUGGGGAAGGUCCAGAGUAACGAUGGUAUUCCAUUUUUUUAUGUUAAAAUAUUUCAAUUAAGUCACUUUGUAGUAAAUUCCAAAUCCACAGAGGAAGGAUGUUACUUGUGCAACGAUGUGUGAGGAUGGGAAUGAGGAUUUGAUACAUUCAGGUUUUUUUUAAAAAUAUAUAUAUACAGUACCAGUCAAAAGUUUGGAAACACCUUCAAAUUUGAUUUUCUUAUUUUUUUUCCUACAUUGUAGAACAAUACUGAACUCACCAAAACUAUGAAAUAACAUAUGGAACAUAUGGAAUUCUAUGGUAAACAAAAGUGUUAAACAUGUUUCAUCUUUUAGAUUCUUCAAAGUCGUCACUAUUUACCUUGAUAACAGCUUUGCGCACCAUUGGCAUUAUCUGAACCAGCUUCAUGAGGUAGUCACCUGGAAUGCUUCUCAAUUAAUAGGUGUGUCUCGUCAAAAAUGGAAUUUCUUGCCUUCUUAAUGCAUUUGACACCAUCAACCAGUAAAGAGUAAAUAAUAAAAAUACAGUAAAUAGCCCUGUUCGACAACUAUAGUAAUCCAUAUUAUGUCAAGAACCACUCAACUAAGUAAAGAGAAAUCAGAAUCAGAAGCACUUUAUUGCCAGGUAUGUUACACACACGAGGAAUUUGACUCCGGUUCGACUUAGCUUUCACAGUACAGACAGAAGAAAGUAUAGGAAAAAAAAACACACACAGAGAGAGUCUCACUGCAGUGAACUCCAGGGGGAGAAUCGCAUUUCUACAGCGACGGCCUUGAAGGCAGUGCUGGCUGGGAGAGCCAAGAUAAGAUUGGAAUUUGUUUAGACUUAAGAUGGGUAGACGUGUCCUUUUUCGCUUAACCCACUUGUCCAUUCUGGCCACCAAAAUGAUCCAUUUCUUUUUGCAAAGCCAUCAACUUCUCCAUGAUGUUAUCAAUGUUGCGAUUCAAGUUCUACAGCCACAGUCUGAGUGCCAACGGCUCUGCCCACCGCCUCAAAUUCAUGUCGGGCAGCUUUGUGGGGCUUUGAACAGCUGCCCCCGUUAACUGAUUUCCUCGAUACACCAGGGCAAUGCCAAGUCCAAUCAGCAAAAAUCCUGUGAUCAUGGUUCCGAAUAGGUAAAUAUCCUCAAUGUCCUCCACGGAAAGAAUCACCAAGCACACCACACGCCACUUCUCCCAGGCAUUCAUGGUGUAUCUGGCUGCAAACGUUCCGGCAGGACAGGCAGGUUCCCCCGAACCCCAGACUUCUCAUCGAGAAGAUUGUGUCAAUUGCGUGAAGUGACCAGUUGAUCAAAUCCAUAAUUUCGAUUCGGAGAACAGUGCAGGAAGGGUCUCUCAGACAAGACGAGUCCGCAGAAGCAAAGCAGGAGAGAGGCUUGUCAGGAAGGGAGAGGCUGAGAAAUGAGAGAUGAGAGGAAAAAACACCCACACAUUUCGCUCCUAUCAGGACCGGAAUGUGUAGGCAUUAAAAAAAACCCUCAGCGCAGCAUUCCGUGAAGCACGGAGAAGAAUUAACACAACAAUUACACAAAAACAUAGAAAGUAUGAGAGAGCAAAGUCCCGUGGCAGCCAUCUGCAGCGCCAGUCAGUCAUUACUUUAAGACACUAAGUGUCUUUUAGUUAAUUGAAAUAAAGAAAAAACAUCGAAUUUGAAAGUGUUUCCAAACUUUUGACUGGUACUGUAUAUAUACACACACAUCUUUUUCAUUUAUCCACACACCUUACAGUGAUUUCAGGCCUGGUCCCCAUUUUAAAAGAAAUUCUAUAACCCUUUUGUCAUUUGUGUGUGGCUUUAUGAUCUGAACCUAUGCCCAAGCGUGACGCUGUAGUACAUUAAACCUCGUUCAACUCAAACCAAGCCAAUAUCUAAACAAAUUAGUGUCAAAAGUUUGUACUGUAGAAACAGUUUUUGAUUUUUUUUGGCUAUAUUACACAUUCUAUUCACAGUGACAUUCUGUCUGAGAGUUAUCAUACACGAUACUAUAAUAUCUCAAAAACCAAACACCAACAUAAAUAACUUUUCACGACACAACCCAGUUCAACCCGUGAAACGUUUUAAUUCCUUUUUCUAUCGGGUGCCAACUUAACAGAGAUUAGUUUCAGUUAUUGGAGGGAGAUGCUCAUGAUGUUGCUGCCAAACAAACUUCUUAAAUUCAGUGAGUGAUGUGCAGAUCUCCUCCUCUCAGCGCCUUCUUUCCUGAUAAUAUACACAUCUCAAAGGCCAAAGAGACCAGGCCUCUCAUAAAAUGACAAUCAGUAGGGUUUCCACAUAGAUAACUACGUCAUAACCAAAAAUUGUAUACGGUACAUCUGUAACUCAAGCAGAUACUCAUGAAAUAUCUACUUCUUAUGCUGCCUAUUUUAUUGUUUUUUUUUUUUUUAUAGGCUUUGUAUUUUUUUUUUUAAUUAAGCAUUGUUUUGGAGCUGAAUGUCUCAAAACAGGACUUUGCAUGAAUAAUCCUUUUAUUUGUAUUUGCUCCUUAUUUAUAGAGCAGUGCGACUAGGCAUUAGAGAACGCUGACACUGAACUGUUUUGAGUUUUGAGCACAUUAUUUCAAAUAAAUAAUUUUCUUUGCCCAAAUGCAUCCAUCUAUCCACUUUAUAAGGAACACCUGGACACCAGGACAUUCAUUUUAAUCAGCCAAUCAUGUAGCAGCAGCACAAUGUAAAAAAAAAAAAUCAUGCAGAUACAGGUCAAGAGGAUCUGUUGAUGUUCACAUCAAAUUCCAGAAUGAAGAAAAAGUCUGAUCUCUGUGACUUUGAUCGUGGCAUGGUUAUUGGUACUAGAUGGACUGGUUUGAGUUUUUCAGAAACUGCUGAUCUGGGAUUUUCACACACAACUGUCCCUCGAGUUUACACAGAAUAGUGCGAAAAACAAUAAAACUUUGAGGGUUCUGUGGGUGGAAAUGCCUUGUUGAUAAGCAUUUCGUCCGAGGAAAAGGAUAGAAUAACUCCUAUAAUCACUCUUUACAACCGUGGUGAGCAGAAAAGCAUCUCAGCAUGCACAAAACAUCAAACCUUGAGGUGGAUGGGCUACAACAGUGGAAGACCACAUUGGGCUCCACUCCCGUCAGCCAAAAACAGGGAGCUGAGGCUAUCCUGGGCAAGGACUCUCACCCAAAUUGGACAGCUGAAUUUUAGGGGGAAAAAAAAAUCUGUAACUCUAAGCUCUUGACCUGUGUCUGCACGAUUUUCUGCAUUGCCCUGCUGUCCAUUGAUUAGUUGAUUGGACGGAUACAGGUCAUUUCGUCCAACGCCAUUUCGUCCAAUAGUUAAGACCUUUCAUCCAAAGCUUUUUUCAUAUGCACUAUCAAUUAUUUUAUAUUUCAGAUACAUGUUUGUUCGAGGGCGGCACGGUGGUGUAGUGGUUAGCACUGUCGCCUCACAGCAAAAAGGUCCUGGGUUCGAGCCCCGGGGCCGGCGAGGGCCGUUCUGUGUGGAGUUUGCAUGUUCUCCGUGUGGGUUUCCUCCGGGUGCUCCGGUUUCCCCCACAGUCCAAAGACAUGCAGGUUAGGUUAACUGGUGACUCUAAAUUGACCGUAGGUGUGAA